AUGCCACAAGCGCCAAGGUCUCCUGCAAGUCCUGCCAAAUUGCAGACUAGGAUGAGCGCCUGGACGCCUCUCAACCACUCUCCGUCAAACUGCAAGGUUUUUGAAGAGAGACGCAGCCUUCUGGCAAAGUGGUUUGACAGGUGGUCUGACAGGCAGAGGAAGUUGGUGCUGCACGACUUCGUCAAGAGAUGCUCCAAGGAGCAGCUCCGCUAUGUCGAUCUCUGUGUGAGUAGACAGCUCCCCCUGCAGGCUGCUGACUUCACAUGCCUGCUACCGAGAGCCAUAUGCCUCUACAUCUUCUCCUUCCUGGACCCACGAAGCCUUUGUCGUUGUGCCCGGGUGAGCUGGCACUGGAAAAGCAUGGUGGAACUGGACCAGCUGUGGAUGCCCAAGUGUCUGCGUCUUGGCUGGUUCAUGAGCUUCACCCCUUCAGUGUUUGAACAAGGAGUGUGGAAGAGACAUUACAUCAUCACUGUGCAAAAGAUGCUGCUCACUGCACAAAUCGAAAAGCAGACAACUCUUCCAGAUGUAGCAACAGUAAGCAGUCGACAUGAAGACAUAUCACUUGGAGUGUCCCUAAGUGAAGGUCUUGGAAGGAUGUCCAGGAGCAGACUGAAAAGGGAGAAGCAUCCACCUGCCCAUCCACCUUGGAGAGACUCCGACAAACAUCCCAACGACAUCGUUCGCUUCAACUAUCUGGACAACUCAGAUCAAGUGCACAUAAAGAGCCAAUCAACCACUCUCAGUAAGAAGAAGGCAGACGACGGGGGACAGAAAACACUGUCUGAGACCAGCUACAAACUACGCAAAGUUAAAUCGCUGAUGUUCCUGACUUCAAACAGUAGACCCCAGCAAUCGCUUUCUCCUCCUUCUGCUCAUGAGACCCCCGAGUCUCGACCCCACUGGGCAUCUCAAAUUCACAGCUACCCUGCCACCAAAGAGGAAGGUGAGAUCCUGCUGCGGCAGGCCCAGUGGAAUGCCGGGAAGCGUCCGGGUCCAGUGAGGACGGCGGUACCCAGGCUGAGUGUAGGGGCGCUGAGGGCAUCCCAGCGAUCAAACAGGAGCAUUCCCAGUGUACCACUAUUUGAGUUUCAGCCCUGGACUCUCCCAUUCUCUGUCAGAAAAUACGUGGACUGA